CCGGGCGCGCGCUACUGGCGGCCGGACCUCCCCGGCGCCGUGGCCGUGACGUCACCGCCGUGACGCGCACGCUGUAGGAAAACUGUCAUGUUUCUGAGAUGUAAAGAAGCCUGAAAGCUGACAAGAAACAGCAAGAUGAGAAUGCCCAGAGCCCAGUAAGAAGAGAGGAAAGCAGUGCAGCUGAUGGUGGAAAGAAUUAAUUGAAGAGUUCUAUUUAUCUUAUGACUAUGAGAACUUUGGGAAAUAAAGUUACUCAUUGAGUGUACAGUUGGAUUUGGAAGCUUGCAUAGAAAGCCACCUCUCAGAUAAAGAGCCUGUGAAGAAGACAGUGUGCAACUGGGCUGUGAGGUAAGUCACCAUAUGUGACAGCUAGAGGAAACAAGCUUCUCAGAUUACUGGGAAGUUACUGUUCAAGUUGCUGUUUCCAAACACAUCAUAAUGCACAGUUCUUUAUCACCAAAAGAUCAAGGUGAUGUCUCCAUAGCCACCAAUCCUGCUGAGAAACAGUGGACUCAGAAAACGGACUCUCUUGGGAAGACAGUGUGCACAGGUGACACAAAUGUCUCUUCUGGAACAGGACAGAGUGCGAAGAAUUUGCACAGUAAGAGUCAGUUUAGGACCAUUGCACCAAAAAUUACACCUAAAGUCCUAACCCCCAGAGUGCUUCCAUGUCACUCACCAUCACUUUCAGAUCAGGGGACUUUGGGGCCCUCCAAGAGUCCCAAGCCACUGGGGAUGCCCUCUCAGAACUAUGCACUGAUGCAAGUGGCUGGCCAAGAGGGCACAUUUUCUCUUGUCGCUUUGCCAUCUGUUACCUCAGCUCAGCCAAGUCAGAAACCCCAAAUGCCUGAAAACCUUAAACUGCCUAUUCCUCGAUACCAGCCCCUACGAGGUAACAAAGGACCAAAAAAGAAGCCUAGCCUGAGCGCUCCUGAAAGUGGCUGUGGCAAACCUCUUGCCCACACCCAGACAUACACUCAGAUGUCGCCUUCCCUGCCUGCCCAUUCUGAACUGCCACAGAAACGCAAUCAGUGCAAGCAGCUUCCAUCACCAGAGCAAGCCCCAGGGGGGCCCAGCACAGCUCCACUGGCUGAGGGAAGUGGCCAUGAAGACUUGACACUUCCAGUGAUCAACAGCUGCAGAGAUCUGAGCCCUCCUGCCACAGCAGCCCUGCCCAAAUCAGGAGAGCCCUCUGCCAGGCAGAGUCUCUCAGAUAGUUCAGGGAAAGGAAACCAUACAAGCAAGAAAGUACCCGGUGAGCCUUCUGUUGUUGCCAGAGGAAAACUUAAAGAACAAUCAGAUCAUGCAGAAGCCUUGACCAGUUUGUCACCAGCCAUUUUUGGCAGUACAGUUCAUUUGAUCUCAUCUAUUCCCAAAGGUAAAGUACCAAUCUUACCCUACACAAGAAUGCAGGCAACUGAGGUUUGCAAAACUGAAUCAGAUGCUAAGACUGCAGGUUUUUCUUUACCUGAGUAUAGGACAGACAAUGAUAGGAAAUCUGCCAUCAUAGAAAGCUUUAAUACAGCCACCAAAAUGGCCAGCAAGACACCUAUUCUAUCAGUACCAAAGCAGAUUCCUUGUGGAAGUACCUUUUGUCCAGUCACCAAAACAGAUCUCAACCAUAAAACAAAACUGAACAUUGGAGCAGCAAAGAGAAGAGGAAGAAAACAAAAGGUUCCAGAUGAAAUUUUAGCAUUUCAGGGGAAAAGGAAGAAAUGCAUUAUUAAUAAAUGCAGAGAUGGUAAAGAGAGGGCAAAAAACAAUCUCCAAGAUUCCAAAGACCAGAAACCAGGGGCUUUGAAAAAGUAUCGUAGUAUUAUGCCCAAACCUGUAAUUGUUAUAUCUGCUUUGCCUUCCCUGGCUUCUCCUUCAGGCACUCUGCAGUCUCAGACCACCAGCAACCUAGGACAGAACAUCUUGUUGAAUAAUUCAGUCACUUCCAAAUGUCUCAGCCGUAAACAGAAUGACAGCCCUUCACCCAAGCCCAGCUCCGUGUUAAGAAAUGGAUUUUCUGGUGUCAAGAAACCGUGGCACAGAUGUCAGGUCUGUAACCACCACUUCCAGUUUAAACAGCACCUUCAAGACCACAUGAACACACACACCAACAGACCGCCUUACAGUUGUCGCAUUUGUCGCAAGGCCUACGUACGCUCUGGCAGCUUGAGCACUCACAUGAAGCUCCAUCAUGGCGAGAACCGUCUGAAGAAACUUGUGUGCUGUGAGUUUUGUGCAAAAGUGUUUGGCCACGUGCGAGUCUAUUUUGGGCACUUGAAAGAAGUUCACAGGGUUGUGAUCAGUACAGAGCCCACCCCUAGUGGACCACAGCCAGAAGACAUGCUGAGGAGCAGAGGCAGAGACACCAGCGAUCCAGGGAGAGAGGCAGCACUGACGCCGGAAAACAAAUCAAGCUUGGAAGAAGAUUUCCUUCUAAACCAGGCAGAUGAAGUCAAAUUACAAAUCAAAUGUGGCCGUUGUCAGAUCACUGCUCAGUCUUUUGCUGAAAUCAAAUUUCAUUUACUUUAUGUUCAUGGAGAGGAAAUUCAGGGCAGGCUGCAAGAGGGAGUCUUACCCAGCAACCAAGGAGCUCAGGAAAUGAUCGCCAAACACACUGCUCCAGACUGGAAGCAGCAUCCAGAAAGAAAAAAGCAGGUGAGGCCUUGUGCCUCUGAGGAAGACUGUCAUGCACUUCCUAAGAUGAAAAGACAACUCUGUCUUCACCAUGAGAAGGAUGUGGAAAUACUCAAGGCAAAUGAAGGAGGCCAACUGAGAACAAAGGAGCUGAGGGCAGACCUCCAGAGCCCAGAGUAUGGCAGCCACCAUACUGUGUUCCUCUGGUCUCAUUCAGGCUUCAGCUGCCUCCUGUGUGCCCAGACUUUAGGGAGGAAGGAGGAACUCUUCCUUCACUGGGAAAGCCACCAUAACUGCGAGGACCCCUCCAGACUUUGGGCCAUUCUAAGUACAUUCUCGAACCAAGGAGUGAUAGAAAUUUCCAGGGAAACUGGCAAAUGAAACUCUAAAGCAAAUUGAAGUUAAAGAGAAUGUUGCUAGCACCUUUCUUUCAAAGCUUUGUGUUUUAUGGUAGUACUUAAUUAUAUGAAUCAGAAAAGCUAGGAUAAACAUUAACGAACAGCAGUAAUUUUGUAUAUAAUUUUAUUUUCUUAUAAAAUAAAAUAUAUGCCAUGGAUGCAUCUUUUUCUGACCAUAUGCAGUCUUACUUUAAAGUUCUAUGUACUGAUUCUUAAUUUCUUAAGACUUUAUUUCAGAAUAAAUGAGA